AUGCUGCGGCAAAUAGUCGGACGAGCAGCUACAGCGGCGCUGACUGCCAGUGCUCGCGUGACCUUCAGUAGCCCAGCGCUCUUGACCUCCUAUUGUCGUUACACGCUCGUUGCUCGUGCUUUCAGCUCUGCAAUAGGCGAGAAAGAGGCAUAUGCAGCUUUUGAAAAGGCCAAAAAGCUGUUGGAUGGAGAUGACUUGCAACAGGCCAUGGGGUGUCUAGGGGUGGCGGCACACGCUAAUAUUGCAGAUGCGCAGUAUCUCCUGGGCUCGCUGCUGCUGAACGGAGAGGAGGAAAAAGAUGAAGACGAGGGCGAGGAUCAGUGCAAGAAUAAAGAGUUGAUUCGUGAUGCGGAAGACAAUAGACAGCGUGUCGGACGUGUCGGCGACCCUGAGACCAUUAAAGAUAUUCGGAAGAGUGCACGUGCUGCCUACAAACGAUAUUUGAUGGAGCAGAAACGCAAGAAACGGGUCAAAGCGGCACAAACAGGUGAUGAUGCGCCGGUGGUGCAGCGCACUACGACUGGAAAGCUGGACCGAGCAUUCGGCAAGACCAUGGAGUUUUUGCUGGACCCGAAAUCAAAGUUAGAGCCCCUGCUUGAAAACGGUGAUGAAGAACACGCAGACGUUUUCAAGAUGCAGCUUGACACGACAAAAGCUGUCGAAUGGAUUCGACGGGCAGCUGAAAAUAGCAAUCGUGAUGCUCAUGUUCAACUUGGCAACCUGUGUUUGAGUCAUGACCCGCCGAUGGCACUGGAGGCCACCGCCUGGUACACAAACGUGUCGAAAGUCAAGAAUCCACAUCCUGAUGCGCUAUACAACCUUGGUGUGAUGUUGUUUGAGGGCGUUCAUCAUGCAGAACCACCAUUUGUGGGUAACAAGAGUGCGGCGAUCCCUUUCUUUACUCGUGCAGCAGAAGUGGGUGACGUGUCGGCCCAAUUUUUCAUGGGAGUGCUGCUGUGUCAGGGUGACAAGGAUCUUGAAAUCGAGCCAAACUUCACAAGCGGUCUCAUGCUCAUUGAGAUGGCAGCGAGUAAAGGUCACUCCGGCGCUUUGUAUUACUUGGCACAGUUGUAUCGCUCGGGCGACAGCGUCAAUGAUAUUGCUGCGGAUCGUGCCAAGUUCCUCGAGCAUCUGGACAAGGCUAUGGAGGCAGGGGAAGCUGACGCGUUCUUUUGCAUGGCAGACAUCUACUUCCACGGUAGUGACGGGUUUGACCAGAAUUAUGAGCAGGCACGUCAAUUUUACCUUGCUGCUGCCGAGCAAGGACAUGCAGACGCAUUCUGCUGUCUCGGUGCUUUGUACUACAACGGUAUCAGCGUAAAGCAGGACUUCCAGAAAGCCUUUUAUUACUAUCAGGAGGCGGCUGACAGAGACUCGAUGGAGGCCUGGAAGAACCUCGCCGAAAUGUAUACUGUUGGCCGUGGCGUCGCUCGCAACGAAGCUACUGCUAGUGCCAUCAUUGCAAUGCUCAAGAAGGUCGAGACGAGCGAGCCAGCCAGCAGCUAG